AUGCCCUCGCUCCUGCGAACCCACGGCCGCUUCCCCUACUCGGCCAUCAACGCGCGUCCGCGCCACGCGUGGCCUGGUGGCAAGCGCCUCGCCGUCUACCUCGGGCUGAACCUCGAGCACUUUGCGUUUGGCGAGGGUCACGGUGGCGAGCUCGCGCCGUCGGGCAGGCCGGACGUGCUCAACUACUCGUGGCGCGAGUACGGCAACCGCGUUGGCGCGUGGCGGCUGCUCGACGAGUUCGAAGAGCUCCGUCUUCCUGUCUCGGUGCUGGCAAACUCGGAGAUCGCUGGCCACUGCCCGGAGCUGCUCGCUGCACACAUCGCACGUGGCGACGAGGUCGUCGGCCACGGCCGCACAAACGCGGAGCGGCAGGGCGACCUGGUCGAGAGGGACGAGGCGGCGCUCAUCGCCGAGACGACGUCGACUCUCGCAGACGCGGCAGGCGCAACCCGCUCCUGGCAACUUGCCGAGACGACGGGAGAUU